AUGAUAUUCCCUAUUGGCCUGUUCGCUUUUAUUCUUUUGCUACGUUCAUCCCUAGCGGUGCCUAGGGUAGAGAGCACAGCGUGGAAACGAAUUAGCAAAUCGAAGCCUCAGCAGAGGACUGACUCAUGGUUGACAACGGUUUGUGUAAACAACCAUGCGGCAACGAUCACUGCACCAAAGCAGAAUGUCUGGAAUAGUCUGACGGAUACUGAAACUGCGGCCGUCACCCAGUGGCUCUUUGCACAGUCAGAUUUAAACCUCACUAAGACCAGCGCAGCCGGCGAUUGGGACAAUACAGUAUUAUUAGUAGAGCUUAUGUAUCCCAACAAAACGAAUGCAUUGACAUACAUCGACCAGAAUGGGCCGGAGCCCGCGAGAUUUGCCCACGUUGUGAUCGCGCACCGCGCAUCCGUCAACCCAUACUAUGCUGAUAUACUUGUGGGACCUUUACCGGUUCAAAAUGGGACCACACAAUGGGAAAAUUUGGAAUACCCUUACACCAGGAAAACACAGGGUCGGGUGCGCAAUCUAGAAGCAAGUGAAAAUAAGUUGACAGAAUGGCUGUUCACUAUAACUGGAUCCAUCUCUGACAUUACGCUUGAGCUCUGGAAUGGUACAGCAUUUGGCCUACAGAAUGACACCAUCAGUCUGGCAGGCAUUAGCCCUUUCUGGCAGGACGAUGGUCGCAUUAUAGGUUGGUAUACAUUCUCAAACCUACCUACUGGAGAAUUUGACUCCGCUUCUCUCCUGCCUCUAGGACUGUCCUUCAAGGUCGACAUUACGGGGCGAGACCCUUCAGAAUGGAAGCUGGAAGGAUGGCUGUACAAUAAUGUCUUCUAUGAGAAUACGCACGUUUUUAGAGCUGCAUUCAACUCCCCUGACUUUGUGAAGCUUGGUGCAAAUGUUGAUGGAAGCUGGACAAGCACAGACCAGCAAGGUCCAAUCCUACCCCGAGAUACUUCCUAUCCCCCGGCUCCUGUUGCCCCUACUGGAUCACGAUACUCCGUUGAUGGGGAGCAAAAAUACGUAACUUGGAUGGAUUUUAGCUUCUAUCUUGGAUUUUCACGUGAUACUGGUUUGACGUUAUAUGAUGUUCGAUUUAAAGGUGACAGAAUCUUGUAUGAGCUGGGGCUUCAAGAAGCUCUUGCUCACUAUGCGGGUAUCGAUCCUGUGACGUCCGGGACGGCGUAUUUAGACAGUUUCUCUGGCUUUGGACUAGAUUCGUUUGAAUUGCUCAAAGGCUACGAUUGUCCUGUUUACGCAACUUACCUAAACUCAUCUGCAUAUAUUUCAGAAACAAGCGUUCCCUAUCUGAACAACAUUUGUCUCUUCGAGUUCGAUGCGGACUUCCCAAUACAAAGGCACACGAGUACCAAAUAUGCAAGCAGUACGAAAAACGUCUAUUUCACUGUACGAUCGGUAUCGACUGUGGGGAAUUACGACUAUCUUUUCAGCUACUCGUUCUUCCUGGACGGCUCAAUUAGUGUAGAGGUCCGCGCAUCAGGAUACAUUCAUGGAGCAUUCUAUGCUCAAAAUGACGACUUUGGCUAUCGUAUCCAUGACUACCUAUCAGGGUCCAUGCAUGACCAUGUGUUGAACUUCAAAGCCGACUUCGAUAUCCUAGGGGAAGAUAAUACGGUGCAAUUCAUUCGUGUGGUUCCGGUGAAUCGAUCCUUUACCUGGUCAGGAAAUAAGGCCCGCAAUACGAUGAUGCUUGAACGCAGCUUUUUGGAAAAUGAAGAUUCGAGUCGUUUCAACUGGGACCCAAAUUCUGCUACUCAGGUGCUUGUUGUCAACACAAAUAAGAAAACUAAGUUUGGGGAAUUCCCCGGCUAUCGAAUCGCGCCUUACACAGGUACCGCACAUCUAACGGUACAGGAUUCCAGUAAUUUAGUCAAUUCGGCACAAUGGGCUGGCUAUGAUCUACAAGUCACCAAGCAACACGACACCGAGCCCCGAUCUGCCCACCCUUAUAACCUGGAGGACGUUUAUGACCCUCCUAUCAACUUUGAUACCUUCUUCGACGGCGAAAACCUCACCCAGACUGACCUUGUGGUCUGGUUUAAUCUAGGAAUGCACCAUCUUCCGCACACAGGCGACUUGCCAAACACCGUAUUCACCACAGCCCACUCUGGGAUACAGUUUAUACCAUCAAACUUUUUAUCGAGUGACGCGAGCCGUCAGACCGUCAACCAGGUGCGUGUAGAGUAUAGCAAUGGUAAUGCCAGUAUUUUGAAGGCAUUUGGUCAAGAUAACCUCACUUGUCAUCUUGACUUUGUUCCAGCGGAGAUCGAUCUUUCUGGUUAUAGAGGUGAGCCAGCGCCGAAUUUGUAA